UACUGGGCCAAAGAGGUAUGGAUCCUUUUUAUCCAUAGACCAUCAAAUGUUGGCCACUGGGUUCUAUGUGUUGUGCACCUCCAAAGCAAGAAACUCCAUCUAUUUGACAGUUUUGCUGAGUGGAAGCCCUGGAAAGUUAAUAUUAAGGUUCAUGAGCUCAUCUAA